GGAGGACGAGGAAGAUGGCUGGGGUCUUGGGAAGAGAGGCGGCCUUACGCGAUACCCAGGCUUUGAAAACCUAUUAGAUCAGCCGCCCACCGCCGCCCCGCCCCCGCAGCCCGUCCACAGGACAACUCCUCUCUCGCUCUUCUCCCAGCCCGUCGGUAAACAGGGUGACCUAAAGGAGAAACAGGUAAGCGAUGAAGGAAAAGAUGAAGAAAGUGAAGGUAAAGCUGCUGUUGAUGACGAAGAAAAAGACAUUUUGUGGCAGUCGCUCCUGGCGCGUUAUGCAGCGGACGAAAGGGAGAGACGGCGCAGCAUGGACGACGACACGGAGCAGGAGCCGCCCGAAUACGUCGGCACCGCGGAGGAGAUCGUCCAGAGAUACGCUGCAAAGUUCGAGUUUCCAGUUACGAAGGAGGAAGAUGAAUCAGCCGAAGUCUCAGCAGAAGAGUUUACCGCGAAGCUUGGUCGUCGCCUGGAAGGAGUAUCUGGCCCGCCUGGAAGAGGACACCGAUAUGCAGGCCGACGCCAGGACGCAGCCGACAGUGCAGGAAGGCCCUGUCGCCACGGAAGACGGGCAAGAAGAGGUGAUUGCUAAAGAUCUUGAGGAAGAGGAGGAAGUAGUUGAAAAACUACAGAAAGUCCUGAGCAUCAAGGAGAGGUUCCUAAAUUUCAGGGAGGAUGAGGUAAAGGACAUCAGAGAGGUCGAGGAAGAGGCUGCUGUGAAGGAAGAUGAGGACAUUUGCGAAAAGGAAAAGGAAAACUACAUGUUUACUCUCAGUGAAGAACAGGACGACUACCCUCUUGAAGAUGUCCCUUUGGAAACUGAAAAAGAGAAGGAUUCCAGUGUUCUCGACACCCUCCCUGGAGCACUGAAACGAGUUUCUGAGGUGGUCAAUCUAAAGAAAAUGUCAGCUUCUGAGACAGAGCAAGAAAAAGUAAGUGACGAUGUAGACGAAAAAGAGCUAGUAGAGACAGUACCUGAAUUAACACAAGAUGAGCAAAUGGGAGACAGCAUAGAGUCGAAAGCAGAAAGGAAGGAAAGUGAGGUUACUGUACGAGAGAAACAAACCCACGGCGUAACAGUAAGGCUGAGUGGCAUUGUUGUUGAAGAGGAACCCGGGGACGAUGACCUCCUGGAAGAGGAAGCUGAGGUAUCUGAUUCAAAAGAACUGGCUGAAGAGGCCCUGGAAACAUCAGUCGAUGCAGAAACGGCAGGCGAGGAAAAAGUAAAGAUACCUGAAGUCAAGUUCGAGGUCGAAGAACUCGAAGAAAAGGUCAAGAUUGAAUAUGAAGAGAUUGACGAAUUAGAUUAUGAGGAGUUGAAGUCAGAAAAUGAAAAGGCAGAUAUAUUGGAGGUGGAACUUGGACUAGCAGAUGAAGGUGCCAAAGUAGAAACAUUACAAGAAGAGAAAGAUGAAGGGGUGAAAGCAGAAGAAUUGGAAGUCGAACAAGGGGAGGAAAAGGUAGAAGAGGGAGAAAUGGAGAUUGAGCAUGCAGAUGAAAAGUUAGAAGUAGAACACGCUGAAGAAAAAAUUGAAGUGGAAGAAGAGGAAAAGGUGGAAGUGGAACAUGCUGAAGAAAAGGUAGAAGUAGACCAUGCUGCAGAAUCAGCAACAGUGGAGGAGGUUAAAGUGAAAAGAGCUUUAAAGGCAGAGGUGGAAGCAGAAGAAAUGGAAGAAGUUUAUGCCGAAGAGAAGGUAGAAAUAGAUGCAGAAGAAAAGAUGGAAGUAGAGCAUGCAGAGGAAAUGGUAGAAAUAGAGCAUGCAGAAGAGCUAGCAAAAAUAGAAGAGGUUGAAAUAAAACGAGCUUUAAAGGCAGAAGUAGAAGCAGAGGAAAUGGAGGAAGAAAAUGCUGAAGAAGAGGUAAAAGAGGAGGCAGAAGAAAAAUUGGAGGAAGAACAUGCUGAAGAAAAAGUGGAGGCAGAGCAUGCUGAAGAAGUGGCGAAAGUGGAAGAAAUUGAGGUAAAACGAGCUCUUAAAGCUGAGGUAAAAGCCGAAGAAAUCGAGGAAGAACAAGCUGAAGAAAAGGUAGAAGAAGAGGCAGAGGAACAGGUUGAAUUAGAACAUGCGGAGGAAAAGGUGGAAGUAAAGCAUGCUGAAGAAUCGGCAAUAGUGGAGGAGGUUGAAAUAAAGCGAGCAUUGAAGGCAGAAGUAAAAGCUGAAGAAAUGGAGGAAGAACAUGCUGAGGAAAAGGUAGAAGUGGAACCUGAAGAAAAGGUAGAAGAAAAACAUGCUGAAGAACAGGUGGAAGCAAAACAUGCUGAAGAAAUAGCAAAGGUUGAGGAGGUGGAGGUAAAGCAAGCGAAAGCAAAGGAGGAAGUUCCUGAUAUCGAUAAAAGUGCAGAAAAACCGACGGUAAAGAGCCGCUGGAGAAGAAGAGACCUCGAAGAAACAGGAACUGUUCGUGAUUUCUGGGAAAAACAAAAACCUCUUGGAGAAGCAGCUGCUGUUGAGGCUUCAAGAGGAAGAUUUAAGACUAAGAAAGAAAAAGAGGAAAUGAGAAAACUAGAAGAAGUUGUACCAGUAGAUGACUUUUGGGGUGUUGAAGAAUCAGAGAAAGACACAAGCAAGAAAACCGCACAGGAGCCCCUGGCAGAGGGAGUUGCAUCUGAAGCCGUGCCGUCCGGGCUUUGGGAAGAUGAUACAGACUUGAGGAUUGGAGAUAGAAUAGAUCAGCGGACUUCUGCAUUGUUAGAAACGAAUUUAGAUGCUCUUACAGUGGACCGCUCUCCUGAUGAAGAUAUGAGGGAGGCAGCUGAGGACAAGGAUAUAUCUCUAGGUAGUGAAAGUCCUAUUCUUCCCGCUGCAGAAGAGGCUGAGGAUUAUCUUGCCGAGAUUGAAGACCUGCUUGUAAAACCAAAGCAGAGAUUGCCAGGUAAGUCACUGCAUGAAGAGGAUGAAAUGCAAGCAAAAGCUACUACAGACCCUCUUCUGGCAAAGUAUAUGUCAAUGCCCGCAAGUCUCACGAAAGACGAGGAGGACGAACUUCGUAAAUAUCUGUCAGAGCAUGAGGAGACUGAAGAGCUUGACUUAGAAAAAUUUAUGACUAUGCCACACACAUUAACCGAUCAGGAGCAAAAGGAGCUAGAAGAGGCAGUGAAAGAGCACCAGAGUGUGCGGGAGAUGGAGCGACAUGGCCUGGAACGCUUUUUGAAGAUGCCGGUGGGUCUGACUGAGCAAGAAUUACGGGAGUUGCAAGAACUGGAGGAAGGAGAAGACGAUGAUCAGGUCUUCGAGGACACAGAAGGAGACAAGUUUGAUGACUAUCUGUCAAUGCCAGUGGGUCUGACAGAGGACGAGGAACGGUUGUUGCAUGAAGGUGACGAGGAUAAUGAGUUUGAAAAUGAAGAAGAAUACCGACAGCACAUCAAAAGCAAGUUCUUGCAGGAAUUGGAGGAGGAUGCUUAUCGUAUGGCUAUGGAAGAUGAUGAAUAUGGAUAUGAGGAUGAGGAUGAGUAUGAUGAUGAAUAUGAGUAUGAUGACGAAUAUGACGACGAGAUGGAUAUGGAAGGAGAAUAUGUUAUGGUAGAGGAUGAAGGCCAGGAAGGUGCUGCAGCAGUUGCACCUGGCACAGGCGCUCAUCCCACUGGCGCUCCUGCAGUAGCACCUAUGGUGGACGAAGCAGUGAGCACAAUGGACGAGGAUGAACAAAAGAAGACGAAGAAGAAGCUCUUUUCGUUCUCGAAGAAAGAGACGUCCCCAGAGGAGACACCUGGGACGCAGACCAAGAAGUUUUUUCAUUUCGGCGGCCUUGGAGCCAAAAAGAAAAAGGAGGAUCCUGAGCCUCCACAUAGGAGGUUUGGAGGAGGCGGCGGCGGUGGGGACUCCUUCACGGCUGCACUUUGCACUAUUACUAGCAAGGUCAAGGGGCAAAUUGCAGAAUUGCAUUUACCUUCCAAAACUACAUUAAGAGAUAGAGUCCUUAUGAGCAAAAAGCCAUUUCAGUUUGUUAAAGAAAAUAUUUCAAGUCAGAAGAAAGGCAAUAAUGAACUGACAGAACCUGGGGCUGAGAAAGCACUUGUAGACAUAUCAGUGGUUACUCAUCUGCUAGAUGAGAAAAUGAGUAUUGCAGCAGCAGGUUCCGAGAGUAUAGAAGGCACUGAAAGGCUAGAGGGUAAAGAUUUGCUAGAAAAUAAGGAAAGUGCUGCUGAAAAAAUAGAGAAAUUAGAAGCAAGUAAAGAACCCAUGACUGCUGAGUCAGUGAGCGGCAGUUUACCGUGCCCCAUGCCAGAGAUCAUUAUAGGUGAUGGUGAUGAGGAAAUAGAUGAAGAAGUAGCUAGUGUAUUUAUGCAGGAUUUGGUGUCUGAGACAGAACAACAGCAGGUUGUUCUGCCUGAGGGUGUUGAGCCUCUAAAAGGUGGCAGAAGUCCCUUUGAUCAUGAAGAAGAAUUCUGGCGGCAGUGGAAAGAUGAAGAACAAGCAUCUGUGGCCCAAGAGAGAGAUUCUGCUUCUCCUUGGGAAAUGCACCAUCAGGCUGACCAUCAAGGUGUAACUUCAUCUGAACAGGAAACCAAGCCCGACAAUCAGCAAAUUAAUGCUUCAGAUAAAAUGCACGAAUCUGUAGGAGAAGAUUUUAUUCAUGAGGAUGUAAGAGAUUCUAUCUCAGAAGAAUUGCAGAAAACCACAUCAGAGGAGUUACAAGAAUCUACCCCUGAAGAUUUGCUAUACAGUACUUCUGAGGAACUGCAAGAUACAGUUCCAAAGAAAGUACAGGACAUUUCCGUGCAGGAGGAUUCUCUGUCUGAGAAGUCAGAAACUUCCCCUGAUAUGUCUCAUGGCUCCUUAUCUGAGAGAGUAGAAGACAGUAUGCCAACGGAUUCCAUGUCUGAGGAGAAGCUAAAAACUCCUGACAGUAUCCUUGAGUAUAUGGAAACUACUGUACAAGAUGUCACUCGAGAUGAUCCAAAACAAGAAGAAGGAAAGCCUGAACACUUUAGCCAAGGUGAGGACUCCACCAGUAAAGAUGUGCAAGAUUAUUCGAGUAAGCUGCAAGAAAAUACCAGAGAGGAACUUCAGGACUCUCUUUCAGAAGAUCAAAUCUCUACUCCAGAAAGUUAUGAGGACAGUCUUUCUGGAAGGUUUCAGGAUACCACCCCAGAUGAAUCACAGAAUGCUGUUGAUGUGAAAAGUCAGGAGUCAAGGGGAUCUUCAUGAAUCAAGAUCUGAAAAGUUACAGG